UGGUAAAAAUCCAGUUUUCAUUGUUUCAGUCACGAGAGACACACAACCUCCCCAUUCCCACAGUCCCACAAACCUAUUUGGGACACUCAACCUCCCUGCUGUUAAGAUAAGGUACAAGAUCCUCUUAUCUCUGUAGGAUGUGAACCCUAAAACCCACUUUUGCACCUAGGUGCGAGGUCAUGCAGGACAACCUGGGGUGAAGCACACCAGCAGGAGGUCAGAAGCAUAUCUUGGGAGAGGAGGGGGGUGCCCCUCGAAUUAAGACAAAAGGUUGUAAAACACAUGAUGAGGGGCUGUCCCUCAUGUAUAAAUGUUUAGGUCUCCCCAUGCUCGGGGUCUUUCUUCACUUUGACCGCUCGCGUGUUGACUGACCUUUUCUUUGCAAAGAAAAUAAAACCUUGUCGGCCGGCAGAAGUCUCUAUUUCAUUAUUCACCAGCAGCAAAGAGAAAAAUUUCCACGACAAUUUGGUGUCAGAAGUGGGAUCCCUCGAGCGAUCGUCCGGGACGGGACGCGGACAGUGACAGGCCAUCCUGGGAGACAAAACUUCUCAGCCUCCAACCUCAAAAUCCUCUUCUGAGAAGGGAGGACUGACCGCAAACGCCCCGGAUCGUCGCCGCUGGGAUUUCCACGAACAACAACAAAAUUCAGCAAAUUUCAUCUGGUGAGCACUGAAAUAUUGACAAAUUAUUUUUAUUUCUUUUUUAUAAAUUGGGGUAAAAUUUGGCUUUACAUGUUUGUUUCUCACAUAUCCACAAUCGUUCUGCUUUUAAUCGCUUGUAGCCUAAACGAAGCGGGGGGUCUUUUGUAAUCACUUGUGUCCAGAAACUAAGUGAUUGGCUUUUAUCGCUUGUAGCCCAAACGAAACGACGAAUGACACCAGGUUUUUCUCGCUUGUUCCUUACAACGAAGUGACUGGUUUUUCUCACUUGUAGCCUAAACGAAGUGACCAGGUCUUUAUCACUUGUUCCUUAAACGAAGUGGUCAGGUCUUUUCUUAAACGAAGUGACCGGGUCUUUAUCACUUGUUCCUUAAACGAAGUGAUCCUUUACAGAGACGUCUGUAUCGUAAUUGGUUGUGCACAAACCCCAUUUCGGGAUGGGGAGUAAAAGCUCUGUUGAGGUGGGUCCUCCGGAGGGGCCGAUUGUGGAUAUCAUGAGAAGGAAAUAUGAGGAUAAAAGUUUAAAAUAUUUGAAUGUCUGGACAGCUGAGUUUGGAUUCCCAAUAGGGGGAUCUCUCAGUUUAAAAAACAUAUCGAUAUUAGAGGAAAAACUGAAAAAAAAAAAAAAAAAAAAAAAAAAAAAAAGAACAAGAAAUGAGAAGGAAAAAUACGAUUUCUGUAAGGAAAUUAGAAAACAUAGAAGAUCAAAAAAAAAAUGUCUUCAGAUGUGGAAAGGGGAAGCAGAGAUGCGAAGUAGGAAAACAGUGCAGAAACAACUCCCUUUUCCAUGUGAAUACCCUGAAACAAAUGAAAAGCAAAUCUCACACACAAAAGGAACACAAGACUCGCAGACUUCUUCUUUGUUUCCACAGUUGGCGGCUUUGAAGCUGGACCCAGACCUUGACGGCAGCCCACCCAUCCAUCUUUCAGCUCCACCACCAUACAACACUACAACACCCAACCAAGGAAGGGAAACAAACUCCAUCACGCCACAGACAAGCACAGGAGCAGCUUCUCCAAUAGCACACAGACUACGUAAUCCAAAUCAAGAUGCAGCCUUCAACAUGCCCAUGGUUGAAGUAUCUGGACCAGAAGGUACAACGUUGGUUUUCCGCCCAUGGACUUCUGCUGACAUCACAGCAGCCUCACAACAUCUACCCAGCCCAACAACAUCAGGCAAAAUGUUUGCUGAGCAAUUCUCCACAUUUUGCCAAGAAUUCAAACCCACCGUAAAUGAACUAAAAAGACUCCUAAUCACCAAGAUGAAACCCACAGAUUGGCAAAAAAUAGCUGGGAAAUUCCCAGAUGCUGAUAUCCGUUGUAAGCACAUCACUUGGGAACAUGAAUCUAAUGCCCACUAUAGAGAUGUUGUCCGUCUUCUCUGUGAUGCAUUUAUUCAAGCUUUUCCUGUAAAAAUCAACAUGGAGAAAAUCACUGCCUGCAAGCAGAAGGAUAAUGAAAACCCUGACGAAUAUCUCACCCGCCUGACAGAGGUAUUCAACACCUACAGUGGCCUGCAACUACCUGACGAACCAAACAAUGUUCCGGAUGUGUGGGAAAUUCAUCUUUGCAACAGUUUCUUAAGUGGACUAAAACCAGACAUUGCCUCAGCUGUUAAAAGUUCCUGUAUUGGAUGGAACGACGCACGUCUGUCAGAACUUCGCAGACAUGCCAUACACGCCCACGACCAAAUACUCUCAAAGAAAAAGAAAAAAGAAGAGACAACACAGAAGGAGCUUCACAUGGCAGCAAUGACCAUGUAUAACACAGUCCAAGGACGUGAACAACCGAACCAUGAACAAAAAGGAAGAGCACAGGGUCGACACAGACAUAGAAAAAGACCUACACAGGAUGCUUGUUUCAUCUGUGGUCAAUAUGGACACUGGAAAAAUGAGUGUCCCAGAAAAACUUCAUCGAUUCCAGUGGACAAAUCGGACUGAAAAUGGUCAAGGGCUGUCGGAGAGGGAUGGACUCCUGCUGACAAGCCAAACCAACUUGUGAAAUCGAAGGAAGGUGAAAUCAGCCCUUCCACAACCAGCCUCCACACCACUGCAUGAUUUCCAACCUGGCGACUGGGUGGUGAUAAAAGAUUUCAGGAGAAAACACUGGCACUCCAAACGCUGGCGAGGCCCAUUCCAGGUACUCCUGACAACACACACGGCAGUGAAGGUCGCUGAGAGAGCAACGUGGGUUCACGCCAGCCACUGCAAAAAGGUCCCUGAACCAACAGAGGAAUCCAGCUGUCGACUUGAACAACGUGAGGACGGACGCCGCGGAGACGGACAACGCGAGGACGAACAAGCGCAAAAAAAGCACGACACGAGGGAUAACUCCGUAGAUUCAGCAACCACCAACUAGACCCCCGGUUUGAUCAACAACACAAACACCAUGUAUCACCUGACCCUGACCCUAGCAUGUUGGACUGUGCUAACAGAAGCCUACACCUACAAACCUGCCAAAACUGUCACUCUUACAGAAGGACAAAAUACAACAUUCACCUGCACCGUGUAUCCUGAAAUUUGGCGAUCAGGUCAAAUUCGUUAAUGAUUAUUAAAUAAUCAAAAGGGAGAAUUGUAAUGGUAAAAAUCCAGUUUUCAUUGUUUCAGUCACGAGAGACACACAACCUCCCCAUUCCCACAGUCCCACAAACCUAUUUGGGACACUCAACCUCCCUGCUGUUAAGAUAAGGUACAAGAUCCUCUUAUCUCUGUAGGAUGUGAACCCUAAAACCCACUUUUGCACCUAGGUGCGAGGUCAUGCAGGACAACCUGGGGUGAAGCACACCAGCAGGAGGUCAGAAGCAUAUCUUGGGAGAGGAGGGGGGUGCCCCUCGAAUUAAGACAAAAGGUUGUAAAACACAUGAUGAGGGGCUGUCCCUCAUGUAUAAAUGUUUAGGUCUCCCCAUGCUCGGGGUCUUUCUUCACUUUGACCGCUCGCGUGUUGACUGACCUUUUCUUUGCAAAGAAAAUAAAACCUUGUCGGCCGGCAGAAGUCUCUAUUUCAUUAUUCACCAGCAGCAAAGAGAAAAAUUUCCA